GCAUUUCCCUCUGCAACUUUACAGGCAUGCUUGAGAGUUUUAGAUUGAGAGAGAGAGAGAGAGAGAAAGAGAGAAAGAAUGGGGAGGUUGAACAGUUAUGGAGUAAUGGGUGUCUUAGUGUUGGCUCUUUUGGGCACCUGCCAUGGUGAAUUGAAAAUGGGUUUUUAUGAUAAAACAUGCCCAAACGCUGAGAAGAUUGUUUCAGACUUCAUGAAGGAGCACAUACCAAAAGUACCCAUAUUGGCUGCUAGUUUUCUCAGGAUGCACUUCCAUGACUGCUUUGUUAGAGGAUGCGAUGGAUCUGUAUUGCUGAACUCCACAUCAAACAGCACAUCAGAAAAGGAAGCAAAUCCCAACCUCACGCUCCGGGGUUUCGACCAGAUCGAUAGAGUGAAAGUCUUAGUCGAAGCAGAAUGCCCUGGCGUCGUGUCCUGUGCCGACAUUCUCGCUCUGUCUGCAAGAGAUUCAGUUGGCGUUCUAGGAGGACCCUUUUGGAAGGUGCCCACGGGACGAAGAGAUGGGAGUGUUUCUCUCAGAGCCGAGGCCAAUGCUCAAAUUCCAGCCCCUACUAAUAACUUCACCACUCUCAAAGAAUCAUUUGCCAACAAAAGCCUCAGUGUCAAGGAUCUCGUUCUGCUAUCGGGUGGACACACUAUUGGAAUCGCUCGCUGCACCUCAUUUAGCAGAAGACUCUACAAUUUCACUGGAGUUGGAGACCAGGACCCUUCAAUGGACAGCAACUAUGUAGCCAACCUUAAGCAGAGGAAAUGCAGAACUCAAACUGAUAACACAACCAUUGUUGAGAUGGAUCCUGGGAGCUUCAGGACCUUUGAUCUCUCAUACUACCGCCUAGUUCUUAAGAGAAGAGGGCUCUUCACCUCUGAUGCAGCUCUCAUUACUGACUCCACUUCCAAAUCCUUGGUCGAAGAUCUUACCAAUGGAACACCUGAAGAUUUCUUCAAGGAAUUCGCAAAAUCGAUGGUGAAAAUGGGGGAAAUUGAUGUGAAAACAGGUAGCUCUGGUGAGAUUAGGAAGCACUGUGCUUUUGUGAAUAGCUAGAAAAGAAGGUUGAUUUCUCUUAUUUUUCCUCUUUUCUCUGUUUAAAAUUUGGGGGAGUGGGUCGAUUUCCUGGUAUUUCAGCGCAUCAGGGGACGAAGUUUAGGCUGCUUGAAAUAAAGGGUCUCUCUGGUAGCAUCAUUAUGUCUUCUUGCUUUGGAAGUUUCGGGUGCUAGAGUUUUCGUCUUAUUCAUAAUUGUGCAUUUUCGAUCUUUAUUUGUAUCAGAAUAUUGUAAAAGAAUAUGAUUUUAAUUUAUCAUGAAUAAAGGAAAGAGAACCUGCGCUCUUUUCUUCUUCACUA